UUCCAACCUGGCAACCCUGGAGAAGCCUGAGGCAAACUACAGGGAGCAGCAGUCGAACGGUGGAAUAGCCCAACAACCUCUUGUCUUGACGCUUCUCUCACAAGAGGUUAGCUUGAGAUCUGCGCUCUCACCGUGCCUGAAUUAUUCUCUACUUUUGCAUCACCAAGUACAUUAGUGUGGCGCACCAGGAAGAGAAAUUGUCCUUGGCUGAGCUGGUGGCGGUUCAGAUUGACUCUCCUGUUUGCAAGCUUCUGGCCAGCUUGUGAGCCUCCAUCACAGCACAAGCUCUGAGAAAAGCGGGGGAAAAGCCCCCUCUGGCCAACAUCCACUUGAACAAUCGAAGGAGCACUUUGAAGUCAUCGUUUUGAGCACAUUGACGACUCAUCUUUGUGCACCUGCAGCCUUCUGCCCCCUUGCAGCUGUCAACAUGGCCAAGAAGAACCAAAAAGACACUUCGGGAGUGGUGUUUGACACACGCUCAAAGAUGGUCAUGUCCCAGGGAGGACCACCGGAGAGGAUGAAGGAAAAGAUCAGCGCCGUCAGGGCAGUUGUCCCCAACAAAAGCAACAAUGAGAUUGUUCUGGUGUUGCAACAUUUUGAGAAUUGCGUUGACAAGGCCGUUCAAGCAUUCUUAGAAGGUAGUGCGGCGGAGAUCCUGAAGGAGUGGAGUGUCACUGGCAAAAAGAAGCCCAACAAGAAAAAGAAGCCCAAGCCCCAGCCGGAGGCCGCAGCCGAACCGGGUCCGUCUGAAGCCGUAUCACCCGAGGAGGGCAAGGACAAGACCAACGGCUUCCACCCCAACGGAUCCUUGGUAGAGGGGGAGUCACUUGACUCCCUGAGCGAACAUUUGGACUCUGCUUCCCUGGAUGCGUCGGAGCUGGACUCUGAGCUAACCACAUCUGAAAUCACUGGUGCAGAAGUGGAACGUGCGCCCUCCUCUCAGCCAGUACACAGUUCUUACCGGGGGCCCAGAGGCAACAAAGCACGAGAUUCACAGCAUCACAACUCCUCCUCGGCAUUCCCCGAUGGACAAAGUCAGCAACGCUCGUCUGCAGGCAAAAAGAUCGCUCCCAACAUCGACCGCUCUGUGAAGGACUUGCAACGAUGCACCGCUUCGCUGACUCGCUACAGAAUGCUGGUGAAGGAGGAGAUGGAGUCAUCCCUCAAGAAGAUGAAGCAGACUUUUGCUGAGCUCCAGUCCACCUUAAUGGACAGAGAAGUGACGCUGCUGGCCGAAAUGGACAAAGUGAAAGCAGAGGCCAUGGGGAUUUUGAACGCCCGACAGAAGAGAGCCGAGGAGCUCCGCAGGCUGACAGACCAGUCGGCGUCCAUGUCUGAAGAGCAGCUGACUGAACUGCGGGCCGACAUCAAGCACUUUGUGAGCGAGCGCAAAUAUGACGAGGACCUCGGCAAAGCCGUCAGAUUUACAUUCGAUCUGGAACCGCUGAAGACGAGCAUCACUCAAUUUGGAUCUGUUUACCACCCUCGGACGGCUUACUCGGAUCGAUCCCGUUGCAGCUCUACGUCGUCAUCAGUGGCCAGUCCAAGCAUUGUGGAAACUCCUCCACCUACCCAAACCCAAACCCCCCCAAGCCAGUUCCGACUUUCUCCGGCCAAACAGAUCUUCCAAGGCAAGCGGCGCACGUUCCAGGGCCAAGGCUAUCAGUCUGGUGGCCAGCGCUACAACAGCGGCUCUAACCACGAUCGAAAACCCGGACGCCCAGAUUACCGCUAUCGUGACGGCGGCUGCCCCUCGAACAGCUCUCGAGGUGCACCCCAUGCCGCCGCCUCCUCCUCCUCCUCUUCGUCGUCAGCGUCCAACCAAAAGCCAGCUUCUCACAACGGGCUCCCUCAAAGGCCCCCGCGGAUGGCCUGCCCUUGACAUUGGAAUCCCUCUGCUCACUCGAAGCCCCUUUACUUCUCAACCUUGCACUCCCUGAAUCUCCGCCCACUAUCCGUGAAAGAAGUUCACAUUUUCAUGCUUCCCUUGACCACCGAUCCAUUCAUCCUUCAGACAUGAGCAGCGCUCAUCGCAUCGUGGCUUGAGUGGUUUAUGAACUGUAGGCCCGACCCGUGUGAGGCAUCGCCGCACCAUCUCCUGCACACCUGCCUGCAAUGCAAUGGUAACUCUGCCUACAUUUGCCCACCACUCGACCUUUUUCUUGUCCCCUUUCAAUUCAUGACACAAGAUCAACGUUUAAAGGAAACAUAUGACACUAAUGCUGAGCUGCUACAAACCAGGGAGAACUUGUGCUUUAGCUUUAGCUCUCGAAAAGCCAACCACCGUAGUUUGUUGCCGAGCUAGGCUGAUUGGCCAGACUGGUGUUAAAUUGUCACGGUACACCAUCAAACAAACACGUUUCAAUUUUUUUUUUGGGGGGGGGGCAGUUAUUCUAUUGUACGAAUGGCAACAGGUGGGUACGCUGAUUAUUUGUACCUUCUGCCAAUUCAUGGAAUUGCAGAUAAUUAUUCUGCUCAUCACUGAAAGCAACUGGCAUAGAUUAUGGUUGACGAUAUGUGGCAACAAAGCCCUGCAUAUUGGCAGCUCAGCAUUAAUUUUUGACCCUCCCCUCAGUUCAUCAUUACUGUUUUUGUGCCCAGGUAAAGCAGUACUUUUAUUUUUUUAAGAUACAAUAAGGCAAUAAAAGUAUUGCUUUGUAUCUUGGUGCCAAGUAAUUAUGUUGAAGUGAGUUGAGGAGCGUUGCAGAGACAAAAGUUGUGCUUUUUUGUCAUUUUGUGGCAUGUGCCGGUUGAUGUUUUAAACCUGUAUGAUUAGGAGGGCGAGCUGGGGUUUAAUUACUCACACGUUUUUUCUGUUUGCGCCAGAUCUUAGUCCCGAGUGGGGGGUCAAUUUGUUUGUUUGGUUGAUGGUUUUUUUUUUUCCUUUGGAAAAUGUGAAAUAAGUUUCAGUGUAAUAAGGAAAAAUAUGCCCCCCUAUUUUUUUUGUUUAUUUAAAUACUCUUGUUUUCCAACAGCAUGAGUUAAGCUUCUUACUUUUUGUCAGCAAAACGUGAAGAAAAACAAGUCAAAUACCUCAUUGUGGAAGCUUCCCCGUGGCCUCGAUCAAACAAAGAACUGUGGGAAAAUACACAGUAAAUGUAAAAACCCGAUUACUUCCUCUUGAUUAUCCUGAAGAUUUUUUUUCUUUCAAUUUCUAAAAAUGUAUUUUGUUUAAAAGUGUACUAUUUGUUCAAUAUAGCUUGCAGUAGAAUGGUUCCAGAAUAUCUUUUGACUGAAAAAUACAUUGGGGAAAUCAAGCUAUAGCGAGCGUCUGUUUAGCUUCAUUUAAAAAAAAAAAAAAAAAAAAAAAGAAUGAUGGGCUAGCCCAGCUAGCAUCCUCAAAGUUCAUAGGUGAUAUUUCUUCCCACCUCGUCUUUUUGUAUGCAUGACAAGCGGAAUAUAAUGUAGUUUUAUCACGUGAGCUUUGAAGGUGCUAACAGCUAUGUUAGCCUUAUUUAGCAGGCUAAGCUAAUUAGCGAUUAGAAAUGUGAUGGCGUUUCCGAACUAUUCCUGCAGAUGUUCCUGUAACUGACUGAUGUUAUCAUUUCUGCUGUUGGUUUAAUCAUAACUUGAAAACCAUGAUGUGUUUUUGGGAGGGGAGGGGGUGGGGGCGCAAAGUGUAGAAACGUUAAUUUAUCACCAAAGACUUAUUCAUAUCCCAGUCAAACUUUUUUCUUUCCUUAACAAAAAUACCCCUCGGAGAUUGCUUCUCUAAAUGUAAUGUCUCAACCGACUACGCCCACUUGGCUGUCUUUCCUGUGUAGUACAUGUAUGCAUUUUGUAUGUGAAUAUUUACUUUAGGCAUCAUGGACAUCUCGUUGCUGAGACAGCCGCAAACCCAAGUGCCUUUUCUUCUUCUGGUCUCCCACUGAUUGAUCCCACCAACACCAACACAAUAAAUGGACCAAAGAUCUCGGCCUGCCCCACCCACUCUCUCCAUCCCCAUCGACCCAUUGGCACAUUUCAUUUAUUUCCAAUAAACCAUUUGCAAUAUG